UCCCUGUCACAAGAGGAUUCAGGACCUGAAGGAACUCAGGAUGAAGGCGAAAGGCAGAGGAGUCAGCUGCGUGCUGGUCUCCCUCGCUGUGAUCUGCAUGGUGACCACUCCCGGGAGCAGGGCCUGUCCUCGCCGCUGUGCCUGUUACAUGCCCACAGAGGUGCACUGCACGUUCCGGUACCUGACCUCCAUUCCAGAAGGCCUCCCACUCGAUGUGGAACGCAUCAAUUUAGGGUACAACAGCUUGGUUAGACUGGCAGAAACAGAUUUUUCUGGCCUCACCAAAUUGGAGUUACUCAUGCUGCACAGCAAUAGCAUCCCCGCCAUCCCUGGCAAGACCUUCUCAGAGCUGCAGGCUUUGCAGGUCUUAAAAAUGAGCUAUAACAAAGUCCGAAAACUUCAGAAAGAUACUUUUUAUGGCCUCAGGAGCUUGACACGAUUGCAUAUGGACCACAACAAUAUUGAGUUUAUAAACCCGGAGGCUUUUUAUGGACUCAACUUUCUCCGCCUGGUGCACUUGGAAGGAAAUCAGCUCACUAAGCUCCAUCCGGAUACAUUUGUCUCUUUGAGCUAUCUCCGGAUAUUUAAAACAUCUUUCAUUAAAUACCUAUACUUGUCAGAUAACUUCCUGACUUCCCUCCCUCAAGAGAUGAUCUCCUAUAUGCCUGACCUAGAAAGCCUUUAUCUGCAUGGGAACCCGUGGACCUGUGAUUGCCAUUUGAAAUGGUUGUCUGACUGUAUACAGGAAAAGUCAGAUAUAAUAAAAUGCAAAAGAGACAGAAGUCCCUCCAGUCCUCAGCAAUGUCCGCUGUGCAUGAACCCUAGGACCUCUAAAGGCAGGCCUUUAGCUAUGGUCCCAGCUGCAGCUUUCUUGUGUACCAAGCCAACUAUUGACCCAUCCCUGAAAUCAAAGAAUCUGUCCAUUCCGGAAGACAGCAGUUCUGCCUUCAUCUCUCCCCAAGAUUUCCUGGCACCUUUUGGCUCCCUCACUUUGAAUAUGACAGACCAGUCUGGAAAUGAAGCUAGCAUGGUCUGCAGCAUCCAAGAACCACUGAGGACAUCACCCAUUGCAUUCACUGAAGAAAAUGACCAUAUCUUGCUCAAUACAUCAUUUUUGACAUUUCUAGUGUGCAAUAUAGAUUAUAGUCACAUUCAGCCAGUAUGGCAAAUUCUGGCUUUUUAUAGUGAUUCUCCUCUGAUACUAGAAAGAAGCCAGUUACUCACUGAAACACCACAGCUUUGUUACAAAUAUAAACAGAUGACCCCUAAGCCUGAAGACAUUUUUACCAACGUAGAGGCUGAUCUCAUCGCAGAGCCUUCUUGGUUAAUGCAAGACUACAUUUCCUUGCAGCUGAACAGAAUCGCUACCACACUCAGUACAUUACAGAUCCAGUACUCAGGUCAUGCUCAAGUAACUUUACCAAGGGCAGAGAUAAAGCCAGUGAAACACAAAUGGACCAUGAUUUCACGGGACAACAAUACUAACCUGGAACGCACUGUUUUGGUCGGUGGAACUGUUGACCUGAACUGCCCGGGCCAAGGUGACCCUGCCCCACAUUUGGAGUGGGUUCUAGCUGAUGGGAGUAAAGUGAGGGCCCCUUAUGUUAGUGAGGAUGGAAGGCUCCUGAUAGACAAAAGUGGGAAAUUAGAACUCCAGAUGGCCGACAGUUUUGACACAGGCACAUACCACUGCAUAAGCACCAAUUAUGAAGAUGCAGAUAUUCUCACCUAUAGGGUCACUGUGGUAAAACCCUCUGUAGAAGCCUAUCAUGAAAAUGGAGUUCAUCGCACAGUUUUCCCUGGUGAAACUCUCGAUCUCCCAUGCCAUUCUACUGGAAUCCCAGAUGCUUCCAUUAGCUGGGUUCUUCCAGGAAAUAGUGUGCUCUACCAGUCCUUCAGAGGCAAGCAAAUUCUUAACAAUGGCACAUUAAGAAUAUUACAGGUCACCCCCAAAGACCAAGGCCAUUAUCGUUGUGUAGCAGCCAACCCUUCAGGGGUUGAUUUUUUGAUUUUCCAAGUUUCAGUCAAAACAAAAGGACCAAGACGAGUGGCGGGUGAUGGAGAAACAGAUGGAUCUGGAUUUGAUGAGCCUGAGGCUAUUGCUCACCUUACAGAGCCACCAGCUGUCCAACCCCCUGUGUCUGCCCCAGUGGGAGCAGAGAUCAGAAACCAAGUCUCAAGCACAAGUAAGAAACACAACUAUCGGGACUUUAUGAUGCACCAGCGGCGUGGAGAUGCAAUAAGCCGACGUUUUAGGGAACACAGGAGACAGUUCCCUCCCUCUGCUCGGAAAAUUGACCCACAACACUGGGCAGCACUUUUGGAGAAAGCUAAAAAGAAUGCCGUGCCAGAGAAACAAGGAAAUACCACAGUAAGGCCACUCCCACCAGUCACCCAACUCCUGAAAAUACCUGGUGAGGAAGGAGACUCUUCGGGGAUGCUCAUACCAGAUGAGGAAUUUACAGUCCUGGCCAAUAAACAUUCAAAUGUCCCAACAAGGACAGUGACUGUUGCCUCUAGAACCACAUCUGAUAGCUCUGUGACAAAUACAGCUUCUGGGACAGAAGUCUCCCCAGUUGUGGGUUCACAAAUACAACCACCUGAAAAACAUGUUGAUUUCAAGCUAUCCACUGCUGUUAGAACUACAGCUGCAUUAAAGAAUAUUAACCCAACUGUGUCAAGCAAAAUGCAAGAUGCAACCAGUCAACCUUCAUCCACUUUCUUUCCACUACUACCUAGAGCAACUGACAUAAAAGAGCAUUUCCAAAGUGUACCCCCAGUAACAGUAGAGACUAUGAUCAAAGAUGUCAAUGUCACAAGGGUUAGUAGCACUAAUAACAAAGCUGAUGUGUUCUUAGGGUCAGCAAGUACUACAGGCAGUCUCCAGAUAUCUGUAACAGGUGGCAGUGAGGCCAGGAGCAAUCACUUCCAUUUUUACACCACUCAAAAAAUGAGCCCCUCUAAGCUCCCUAAUGCUGCUUAUCCUCAGUUUCAGAUUCCUAGAAAUAAUACAACAAACAUCCCACUAUCCAGGCGCUUUGGCAGACGGAGGAAACUUUGGGGCUGGGGGCGCAGGAUUAGUCCAAAUAGAACUCCGGUUCUCCAACGGCCUAGAUACGGUGUUGUGAGGCCGACAAGAGGCUCUCCUGAGGAAAGUGUCACUGCAUUUUUAGCCACAGCUCUCAGUGUGACGUGUUCAUCCUGUCGUCCUAGAGAAAGGCUCACCACAGCUACAGCAGCAUUGUUGUUUCCCAGUGCUUCCCCCGUCACACUUCCCAAAGCUGACAUUGCCAGAGUCACAUCUGAAGAGUCUACAACUCUAGUCCAGAAUCAACCAUUAUUAUCCGAGAACAAACCGAAGGGACAUAUUGAGCAAACAGCACACACAAUAAAAUAUUUGGGUGUUGAAAGUAGCCCAAUGACUCCCACUGGCACCAUCAUGACAUAUGCCCCAAUAUCUGUAUCUAUGGAAAAAACUCAUGUAACUAGUCCUGGUUACCCAAGUGUGUCUAGUACCAGUGAAGCUAAAAGAGACUCAGUGAUUACAUUGCCGUUUUCAGGUUCCAUCACCAAGCCAUCAGUGCCUACUGCUAUGGCCGUUACAAGAUUUUCAAGAAGGAAAAUUCCCUGGCAGAAGAUCUUCGUAAAUAACCAUAACCAAAAAGAGAAAUUAAGGAAUCAGUAUAAAUAUGGUUUGCAAAAAAGCACAACCGUGAUGGUUCCUGGAAUAUCUCCUACUUUGCUCACAGGGAAAGUUUCCCCUUUCCAUUUUACAACCUUCUCAGCGAGUAGGAUGCAAAAUCCAUCUCUUACAUUGGCUACCGCUCACCCUAACACCACUAAAACACAGAGUUCUAGAAAUUUCCCCACCGUGAAGGAGCUGCCCUUUCCACCUCUUCACCCUACACCUCGUGGCAUCACAAGCCGAGAAUCAAGGACUGUAAGCUCCAUGUCGAUGGGAACGGCUACACCGGCAGGUCCUCCUACCGUGCCUGCCUCUGUCAUCACCUCUGAAAGCCAAAUAGCAAGACCUGGGUCACACGACGUACAAAGAACAAAGGAGCCUCAGAAGAACAGGAAUAAGCCAAACAUCUCUGCAGGCCAGAGAUCUGGUUUCACUACACCCACUGCUAUGAUCCCUCCUGUUCUAACCACAGCUGAUCCUGCCAUCAGAUCCAAUGUCUCUGCUUUCACUCUUUCUCCGCUAGCAAACACAAAUGGAAUUUCAAGCACAAGUGGCCUCCAUUCCAGAACUCUUAAUCUGACAGAUGUAACUGAAGAACUACCCCAAGUGAACACUCCGACUUUGAGGAGCACAAUUGCUUCCGAACCAACAUUGUCUAGCAAAUCACAACGGACUACAACUGGUAAAACAACCAUCAGAUGCUCGACCACAGCCCCCUUCCUGAGCAGCAGAGCUCCUCUCUCGCCGGUUCCCCUCUCCCCUCCCUUUACUCAAAGUGCAGCUACUGACAACGUGGCAACUCUCACUUUCAGGAUGAUGACAAACGCAAUGGCCGAGCCAGAUAAAUUCUCGAGGCACGAUACUAAUCCACAGCAAUUAGCGUCAGAGGUUACAACAUCUCCUGAGGCUCACCCAAAUGCCAAGUUCACACUUGGCACCAGUCACUUUAUGUCCUCUAAGCUGUUACAUUCUACGCCUGUGCCAGCACUCAUAACAGUUAAAUCGCAGCUUUCUAAAUUGACUCCCUCUCCCUGGUCAGAAAACCAAUUCUGGCACAAGUCAUACACAGAAAUCACUGAAAAAGGCAAAAAUCCAGUUGUGAACACGUUGCCUACUUCAGGCUCAUCGGAGGUCACCACUCACGCACCAAAUUGGGACGGACAGAAGAAUGCAAAGAAGAGUGGCUUGGAUAAGAAACCAGUUCAAAAAGUAACAACUUCCAAACUCCUCCCUUUUGACUCUCUGUCUAGGAAUAUAUUUGAAAAGCCAAGAAUAGUUGGAGGAAAAGCUGCCAGUUUUACUGUGCCAGCUAACUCCGAUGCCUUUCUUCCCUGUGAGGCUGUGGGAAACCCCCCACCCACCAUCCACUGGAGCAGAGUCUCAUCAGGGCUUGAUUUGUCUAACAGGAAACAGAAUAGCAGGUUCCAGGUGCACGCCAAUGGCACCCUGUCCAUCCAGAGAGUGGACAUUCAGGACCGUGGACAGUACCUAUGCUCUGCAUCCAACACGUUUGGCACGGACCGCCUUCAUGUCACCUUGUCUGUGGUUUCCUAUCCUCCCAGGGUCCUUGAGAGACGUACUAAAGAGAUCACAGUUCAUUCUGGAAGCACUGUGGAGUUGAAGUGUAGAGCUGAAGGUAGGCCAAGCCCUACAAUUGCCUGGAUCCUUGCAAACCAAACAGUGGUCUCAGAAUCAUCCCAGGGAAAUGGGCAGGCCCUGGUGACAUCUGAUGGAACAUUGGUCAUCCACAAUCUCAGCAUUUAUGACCGCGGCUUUUACAAAUGCGUGGCCAGCAAUCCAGCUGGCCAGGAUUCACUCUUGGUUAAAAUACAAGUCGUUGCUGCCCCACCUGUUAUUCUAGAGCAAAAGAGGCAAAUCAUUGCAGGGACUUGGGGUGAAAAUCUGAAACUACCCUGUACUGCAGAAGGAACUCCUCAGCCCAGUGUUCACUGGGUCCUCUCUGAUGGCUCUGAAGUGAAACCAUUACAGUUUACCAAUUCCAAGUUGUUCUUGUUUUCAAAUGGAACUCUCUAUAUAAGAAACCUAGCCUCUUCAGACAGGGGCACUUAUGAAUGCAUCGCUACCAGUUCCACUGGCUCGGAGAGAAGGGUGGUGAUGCUCACACUGGAAGAGAGAGAGACCAGCCCCAGGAUAGAAGUCGCAUCCCAGAAGAGGACCGACGUGAAUUUGGGGGACAAAUUACUACUGAACUGCUCAGCCACUGGGGAGCCCAAACCCAAAAUAAUCUGGAGGUUACCAUCCAAGGCUGUUGUCAACCAGUGGCACAGGAUGGGCAGCAGAAUCCACGUCUACCCAAAUGGAUCCCUGUUCAUUGGAUCCGUAACAGAAAAAGAUGGUGGCGACUACUUGUGUGUGGCAAGGAACAAAAUGGGAGAUGAUCUGAUACUGAUGCACGUCAGUCUGAGACUGAAACCUGCCAGAAUUGACCACAAGCAGUAUUUUAAAAAGCAAGUGCUUCAUGGGAAAGACUUCCAAGUUGAUUGCAAAGCUUCCGGCUCCCCGGUGCCUGAGAUCUCCUGGAGUCUACCUGAUGGAACCAUGAUCAACAACGCAAUGCAAGCCGAUGACAGUGGCCGCAGGACCAGGAGGUAUAUCCUUUUUGACAAUGGAACCUUAUAUUUCAACAAAGUUGGGAUAGCAGAGGAAGGAGAUUAUACUUGCUAUGCCCAGAACACCCUAGGCAAGGAUGAAAUGAAGGUGCACCUAACAGUCAUAACAGCUGCCCCACGGAUAAGGCAGGGUUACAAGGCCAACGCAAGAAUCAAAGCUGGAGACACCGCUCUCCUGGACUGUGAAGUCAUUGGGGAUCCCAAACCCCAAAUAUUUUGGUUGCUGCCUUCUAACGACAUGAUUUCCUUCUCCAGUGGUAGGUACACGAUUCAUGCCAAUGGGUCUCUGUCGAUCAACAGAAUGAAACUGCUCGAUUCUGGAGAGUAUGUGUGUGUAGCCCGAAAUCCCAGUGGGGACGACACCAGAAUGUACAAACUGGAUGUUGUCUCUAAGCCUCCUUUAAUCAAUGGUCUGUACACAAACAAAACUGUUAUUAAAACUACAGCUGUGAGGCAUUCCAAAAAACACUUGGACUGCAGAGCUGAAGGGACGCCCUCUCCUGAAGUCAUGUGGGUCAUGCCAGACAAUGUUUUCCUCACAGCCCCGUACUACGGGGGCAGAAUCAGCGUCUACACAAACGGAACCCUGGAGAUAAGGAACGUGAGGCUUUCGGAUUCAGCCGAUUUUAUCUGUGUGGCUAGAAAUGAAGGCGGAGAGAGCGUGUUGGUGGUACAGUUAGAAGUUCUGGAAAUGCUGAGAAGACCGACAUUCAGAAAUCCUUUUAAUGAAAAAAUAGUUGCCCAGCUUGGGAAGUCCACCGCCUUGAAUUGCUCUGUUGACGGUAACCCACCACCUGAAAUGAUCUGGAUUUUACCAAAUGGCACACGAUUUUCCAAUGGACCACGAAAUUCUCAAUAUCUGAUAGCAAGCAAUGGUUCUUUCAUCAUUUAUAAAACAACUCGGGACAAUGCUGGAAAAUAUCGCUGCGCAGCCAGAAAUAAAGUUGGCUAUAUAGAGAAAUUGAUCAUUUUAGAAAUUGGCCAGAAGCCGGUUAUUCUUACACAUGCACGAGGGACAGUAAAAAGUAUCAGUGGGGAAUCUCUCUCACUGCACUGUGUGUCUGAUGGAAUCCCUAAGCCCAGUGUCAAAUGGACGGUGCCGAGUGGCUAUGUUUUAGACAGGCCUCACAUUAAUGGGAAAUACAUACUGCAUGACAAUGGCACUCUAGUCAUUAAAGCAGCAACAGCUUAUGACAGGGGAAAUUAUAUUUGUAAGGCUCAAAAUAGCAUUGGUCAUGCACUGAUCACCAUACCAGUAAUGAUUGUAGCCUAUCCUCCCAGAAUCACAAGCCGCCCACCCAGGAGCAUCCUCACAAGGACAGGAGCAGCCUUUCAGCUCCAGUGUCUGGCCCUGGGAGUCCCAAAGCCAGAAAUCAUGUGGGAGGCACCGGACCACUCCCUGCUGUCAAUGGCGAAUCAAGGGAGAAAACAUGAACGUGAGCUGCUUCACCUGCAAGGCACCCUCGUCAUUCAGAACCCCCAAACCUCCGAUUCUGGGAUCUACAGAUGCACGGCAAAAAACCCCCUUGGUAGUGAUCAUGCGACAACAUAUAUUCAAGUAAUCUGACACGGAGUAAAAUUAAAAUUAAAAAUCUGGACAGACUUUAUUUUUUGGAAGAAGUUUAAUCAAAGGCAGCCAUAGGCAUGUAAAUGAUUUGAAUACAUUUACAAUAUUAAAUUUACAAUGGACAUGCAAAAAGAGAUGUAAAUAAUUGCAUUAUGAACUGAAA